GGGAAAGAUGCCGUGAGUGCAAAUGAAAUUAAAAGGAUAAUCCUUAUCAAGCUGCUGAAGUGCGUGGCAGUGUUAAUUCUGCUCUACGUGGUUAUUCGCUUGACCUUCACCUUCAUCAAAAAACUUAUAAAUUUGAUCAUCCUGUUCAUUUUCAAAAUUAUAAAGCUUUGUUGCUGUGGGGGGAGGUGAGCGGCGUGUGUCAGCGGUGGGUGUUAGCGGUGUGUGUUAGCGGUGUGUGUUAGCGGUGUGUGUAAGCGACAUGUGUAAGCGGCGCGUUUAAGCGACCAUGUGUAAGCGGCGGAGUGCACACCUCUGUGCGUUUCCCAAUGCGCGUUUUCCAGGACGCCUUUCCGAUGGCUCCUUUCCGUUGCACCACAUACAUGGAGAAACCUCGCUGACAGGCUUGGGGGCUGCGCCGUAAGUGACCCCCUUUUGUUUUCCCCAAUCCACGUUGCGUUGCUUUGCUUUGCCCGGCUCACCUUUUCAUUUCUCACCUUUGCGUUGCUCACCUUUGCUUUGCCCGGCUCCCCUUCGCUGGGCACAUUUCCCCUUUGUUUUUUUUUAAUUUGAAAAAAUUAUACUAAAGUGC